AUAAUUAGCGGCGCAUUGUGGGCGCACACUAGGAAACUCACGCCGCGGCCUCCAUCGACUUCUUCCUUCCUCCUCAAAACCAAACGUCCAUGGCGACCACCACCACCACUGAUAUCACCAACGCCGCCACUCCUCUUCUUCAACCCUCGAUCCUCUUUGGACACCCACGUCCACAUCGGCGACCGCCGCCCCAACGCCACCACCACCGCGGAAGAUGCCCAGAUCCAGGUCUCCAUCUCCCCGGCUUCCCCGCCGAACCCCUCCCGCCUAUUCGUCCGCCGCCUCAACCGGGACACCGUCUCCCUCCUCUACGAGGACGCCCAGAUCGUCUCCGCCGCCGAUGGCCUCCUCCUCCUCCGCGUAACCAUCGUCACCACCACCGCGCCAUCGCGGCUGGAGAACGACUACUUCGUCUACAGCUACCAGUGGCCUGGACGCCCCUCGCUCCGCCGUCUCCCCUCGCCGCCGUUCCCCUUCCACGACGACGAGGCUGGGAUCCUUCCCCUUCCCGUUCCCGGCGGUGAGCAGCAAUUCAAGAUCGCCGUGCUAUCCGUCCGCCUGAACGGGUUCAACCUCCGAUUGUUCGAUUCCGCGUCAUGGAGCUGGACCAAUGUCGGCAAGGUGAUCGUAGCUUCGCCGCAGAGACCGUUCCCAAUCAAGAUCCCCAGGAACGCCGCUCGCCUCAACCAGCACAUCACAACAACGGCGAUCACGCUUGGAGGUGAAGAUGGCACGAUGGGCUGGGUCGAUCUCUAUCGCGGCAUCCUGUUCUGCGACGUGCUAAGCGGCGGCGAUCAUCCCACGCUCGUUGGUGUUCCAUUGCCGCUGCCAAGGAGAUUGGUCGAUCGCGGCGCGGAAGUCGAAGGAUGCCCUAAGGCCAAUAGGGGUAUUGCUGUUCUUGAUGGUUGCCUCAGGAUGGUCGAAUUGGAAGUUCAUGGCGAGAUACUUCCUACGCGUGACCCUGAAACUGGGCACCUUGAUCGUGAGAUCAAGAACUGGGAGCUCUACAUGUAUACCAACAGCAAGAUCACCGGUGCUUGGGAGGAUUGGCAAUUGGUGCACGGAGUUGAAGCUUCUCAAAUCAAUAUCGACCAAGCGAUUCAUGACAGCUUACUGCAACCGGGAUUGCUGCGUGAUAAAAUGCAGGAUGGCAAGGAGAGGAAAUUGCACAACCUCCUCACAUCUCAACCUGCUCUCAGCCUGGAUGGUGAAGGUGUUGUUUACUUGCUGACAAAGGCCAAAUUCAUGCAACGUCAGGCUUGGGUUCUUGCUGUUGAUGUUAAGGGCAACAAAAUACUAGGAUUAGCUGAGUUUGGCACUGACACAUACUUGGGUUUGUCCCUCGCGUAUUGUCCUAGUAGGAUCUCCAGUUACAUGGAUGCAUGGACUGUCCAGACAAUUAGUUAUAUUUUAGUACUAUAUAAGUUCCUAGUCCUAUGAUUUAUUUGCA